CGCCACCCUUCUCCGCCGUCUCGCCACCCUUCCCCGCUGCCUCGCCACCCUUCCCCGCCGUCUCGUCGCCCUUCCCCGCCGCCUCGUUUGUCACCUUUCCCCGCUGUCUUACCUGCGGCCGUCUCGCCCUGGGCCAGCGCGGGACGAACACAGGGUGGGGGAGCUCGCCGAUGGGGAGCAGUGUCGGUCGCACGCAACUGUGCGGACUCGCCAGAGUGCGAGCGCGAGUCGUCGUCGUUGCCAAAUGUAGCGACGGGGCUCCUGCGGAAAUCACGCAGGGGUUGCGUGCAGACGUACCCGGCGACACGGGCGAUUCCACGAGUGUGUCCUCGAAGCCAGGCGAGUACACAGGCGCCGACACAAUACUGUCGAAGCUGGGCGAGAAGGAUACUGCACGCGCGCCGCGCUCGCUGCCUCGCCCGCCCUUCACCUCGCUGUGUGCCACCUGCUGCUUGUGCUACAUCGCCAUGCUCGCUGUCGUCUUGGCCGCCUUUUGUGCACCCUUCACCUCGCUGUCCUUGGCCUGUCCUUCGCCCUGUCCUCACCCUUCCUCACCAUAUUGCAACCCAUCUCUCAUCGCCUUGAAUGUUUGCCAUGUUGAUUGCCCUCGCUCACCCUCUGUCUCACUCACUCCUUCCAUCGCUCGUAGCCUUGCAAGUACCAUCUCGCCUGCCUAUCGUCUCAUUGCCUGCUCACUGUCUCAUUGCCUAUCUACCAUGCUGUGCCUUACUGUCGUGUCACCCUCACCUCGCUUGUCUGUACCCUCGCCUGUUGCACAAUGUAUCUAGUAUAAUGUAAGUGGUCAAUAAACCUAGUAGAGCUUGUGUUACGAUGAAUCACUGCUCGUAAAUGUG